AUUUCUCCUCCACAAGACUUUUCCCAGAUUUAUUUUCUUUCUUCCCUUUUGGUCCAACUCGUUAUUUUUGUGUUGGCUCCUUCCAAUUUCACCUUUACACAAGUUCCCUCAUCCGCAAACUUUCCUCUCUCCCCCUCUGGCGACCCUUUUGGUGUUUCUGCGAAAUCACUUAUCUUUCGCUCGAUAAUUCUUUCGUAAUUGGACAAAUUGCCGAUUCUUUUGAUAAAGUCGGGAAAUUUUUCUCUGGGUUUGAUAGACUCUUGGGUGUUCCAAGAAGCAUGUCGGAACCGACAUCGAGGUCGGAGAGUGAGGGAUCGUCGGCUCGUCGUCGUUUUGAGGGUUUAAGAGGGGUCCAAUGGCGUUUGGAUCUCGGGGUUUUACCUGCUGCUCCGUCUUCCUCGAUCGAUGAUCUUCGCCGUGCCACCGCCGAUACUAGGCGACGAUAUGCAAGUUUGCGGAGGCGCCUUCUGGUGGAUCCACAUAUUUCAAAGGAUGGAAGUAAUUCACCUGAUCUUGCACUGGACAAUCCAUUGUCGCAAAACCCAGACAGCAGCUGGGGUCGCUUCUUUCGGAAUGCUGAGCUGGAGAAGAUGGUCGAUCAGGAUUUAUUACGCUUAUACCCUGAAGAUGGGAGUUACUUUCAGACACCGGGAUGCCAAGGCAUGCUAAGAAGGAUACUAUUGUUGUGGUGCCUUAGACAUCCAGAAUAUGGUUACAGACAGGGUAUGCAUGAGCUCUUGGCGCCAUUGGUGUAUGUUCUCCAUGUUGACCUUGAACGGCUCUCUCAAGUGAGAGAGCUUUAUGAAGAGCACUUCACUGACAAGUUUGAUGAGUUAUCAUUUCAUGACAAUGAUCUUACAUAUAAUUUUGAUUUCAAAAAGUUCUCCGAUACUCUGGAGAAUGGAAAUUUCCAAGGAAAUGCAUCCAAGGUGAGGAGUAUCACUGAGCUUGAUCCCGAGAUACAGAAGAUAAUAUUGUUAAGUGAUGCCUACGGUGCUGAAGGUGAAUUGGGUAUUGUAUUAUCCGAAAAGUUUAUGGAACAUGAUGCCUACUGCAUGUUUGAUGCAUUGAUGAGUGGGGUCGAUGGGUCUGUAGCGAUGGCAGACUUCUUUGCACACUCAACUGCAUGUGGGUCUAAUGCUGGCCUGCCUCCUGUAAUCGAGGCAUCCGCUGCACUGUACCAUCUGCUAUCUGCCGUUGAUUCAUCUUUACAUAGUCACCUCAUUGAGCUGGGGGUUGAGCCACAAUACUUUGCACUUCGCUGGCUACGUGUUUUAUUUGGUCGUGAGUUCGCACUUAAAGACCUUUUGGCAAUCUGGGAUGAGAUUUUUGCACAAGACAAUAGAAAAAUGGACAUAACUACGGAAGAUGAUGAAGGAUCUAGCUUCAGAAUUCUCAGCUCAUCACGAGGAGUUUUUAUUGCUGGUAUUGCUGUUUCUAUGAUACUUCACUUGAGAUCUUCCCUGCUUGCUGCUGAGAAUGCUACUUCCUGUCUCCAGAGAUUGCUGAGCUUCCCUCAGAAUGUCGAUCUAGCGAAUCUAAUAGAGAAGGCGAGGUCAUUGCAGGUGCUCGCACUGGAAGUUAAUACUUCUACCACUUCUUCGUCCAGUGGGGCUUUUGUCCAAAGUAAGCGAAUGGUAAGUAGAGGCCAUAGCCUGUCAUCGGACUCUAUAUCUCCUAAAACUCCAUUCAAUUUGGUACCUGAUAGCUACUGGGAAGAGAUGUGGAGGAAUCUGCAUAAAGAAGAAGAACUUAAACGGGGUAGUUUACAGAAACAAGUUUCGACCAGGAAAAAGGGUUGGUCUGAGAAAGUAAAAUUGAGUCUUUCCAGAACUGAGUCUGAUCCAUCUCCAGCUAAGGCUGAGAACAUCAAAAAGGUUACUAGGACAUCUGUAAGGCGUAAUUUGUUGGAAGAUUUGUCUCAGCAGCUUGGCUCUGAUGAAGGUGCUGAGGCGACGAGCAGCCAUCAGAAUGGAGGCCAGAAGCAUCAAUACUCUGUUAAAGAUAAUUUGGCUAGAUCAGAAGUCCAUAAUGAGUUUAGUUGUGCUGAUGAGGAGAGACGUUUAAGUGCAAAUUGCGGGAGCGAAGAGAAUUCCUCGAUAUUCUCUGACCCAGUUAGUCCUCUUAGUGGUCCUAUUGACCAUGACUCUGAGAAAAGCAGUGUUGUCUCGAACUUAUCCCUUGAUGAAUGUGAAGAUCAACUGCAAAGUACAGGCUGUACAGUGGAGGAUUCACCUCUACCUGUCUCUGAUGUUCCUGACAACACCACUCUAAAAUCUGAACCAAAUAACGACCCAGCAGGAAAAGCUGCAGUAGGCGUGAAGGAACGAAGGCCUCUCUCUGGUAAAUUCCAAUGGCUUUGGAAGUUGGGACGGAAUGCUAGUGCUGAGGAGACAUCUGAUAAAGAAGGAGCUCCUGAGACUUCAAAAUCUACUGAUGCUGAAACCAUACACCACAAUGCAGCAGAAUGUUCUGUAAUUGAUCACAGCAUUCCUUCCGGUGUCAGUAAAGGGGAUUCUAUUGAUGGGAAUGUGAUUGGUACUUUGAGGAAUCUGGGACAGUCUAUGAUCGAACAUAUUCAGGUGAUCGAGUCGGUUUUCCAGCAAGAUCGGGGUCAAGUUGCUUCCCUGGAGAACUACUCGAAGAAUCUAUUAGUUGGCAAAGGGCAGGUGACUGCGAUGACCGCUCUCAAAGAGCUUCGCAAAAUUAGCAGUCUUCUGUCUGAGAUGUGAGGCACCGAAUAAAUGUCACUUGUAUAUAUCUUUUUUGUAAUUAUUAUUUGCUUUAGUGCCUUGACAGGUCAUAUCCUUUGGCUCCUCCGACAUUGCCGGCAAGUAUAUUUUUUCCAAAUCUUGACGAGAGAACUGCAUGUAACUAUAUAUGUCAGCUUAGGAAUUGGAAGUGAGGUGAUGAUGCCUUUCUCUGA